GUUGUACCCUAAGAGUAACGGGUAUCAAAAAAAAGGCACCAAGCAGUCAGUUGCUGUGUAUAUGUAUGUAUUUGUGUCAGGUUUGGGGAUUGAAAUCGUAAUUACUUAUAAAUGUACAUUAGAUAACACGUACGUGAACAGUGCCUAUGUGGAGCACACAUCGUAGCUGCUUAUCAUUAUAUUAUAGCAGUGUCAGUACCUGUGCGGAGUUCGGAUGUGUGUAAGAGUUUGUGUAUUUAGUUAGUGUCUACUUUUGUGUACGAGCGGCGCGACAAGAGAAAAUAAAAUAAAGACACGCUACAGUCAUGUAUCCGUAUUAUGAGCAGGAUUGGAGUGUUUUGCCACCGGAAAACAAUCGCAGAUUUAAUCCAGCCUUCAAUAUGGCCACCAUACGGCAGGCAUUCACAGAAGCCGUUGAAAGAGUCAGAAUGCCGACGCCCACACGACUGCGUGAUCUGAUACGUCAGAUACGAGCUGCACGGACCGCCGCCGAGGAGCGGGCUGUGGUUAACAAAGAGUGCGCCUACAUUCGCAGCACAUUCCGUGAGGAGGAUUCCGUCUGGCGUUGUCGCAACAUUGCCAAGCUGCUGUAUAUACACAUGCUCGGCUAUCCGGCGCACUUUGGCCAACUAGAAUGCCUCAAACUGACGGCCAGCACGCGUUUUACAGAUAAACGAAUUGGCUAUCUGGGUGCCAUGUUGCUGCUGGACGAGCGUCAAGAUGUCCAUUUGCUGAUCACGAAUUGCUUAAAAAACGAUUUGAACAGCUCGACACAGUUUGUGGUGGGACUAGCGUUGUGUACACUGGGAGCGAUUGCAUCGCCGGAGAUGGCACGUGAUUUGGCCAGCGAAGUGGAGCGAUUGAUGAAAUCACCCAAUACGUAUAUACGCAAAAAGGCAACACUGUGUGCGUUUCGUGUCAUACGCCGUGUGCCAGAGCUGAUGGAGAUCUUUCUUCCGGCAACACGUUCGCUGCUCAGCGAAAAGAAUCAUGGCAUUCUCAUAACUGGCGUUACGCUUAUUACGGAAAUGUGCGAGAACAGUUCGGAUACGCUGAUGCAUUUCAAAAAGGAUAGCGGAAAUCGAGAGAUUGUGCCGAAUCUGGUGCGCAUCUUGAAGAGCCUUAUUUUGGGCGGUUAUUCGCCCGAACAUGAUGUCAGUGGCGUCAGCGAUCCGUUCCUGCAGGUGAAAAUCCUGCGUCUAUUGCGCAUUCUUGGCCAUAAUGAUCCGGAUGCCUCGGAGGCCAUGAACGAUAUAUUGGCGCAGGUGGCCACCAAUACGGAGACCAGCAAGAACGUGGGCAACACCAUUCUCUACGAGACAGUGCUGUCCAUUAUGGAUAUUCGCUCUGAAGGCGGUCUGCGCGUUUUGGCUGUGAACAUCCUGGGACGCUUUCUACUCAACUCGGACAAGAAUAUACGAUAUGUGGCCCUGAAUACGCUGUUGCGGACAGUGCACGCGGAUACGUCGGCGGUGCAGCGGCAUCGUACAACAAUAUUGGAGUGCCUCAAGGAUCCGGAUGUAUCGAUACGUCGACGUGCGAUGGAGCUAUCGUUUGCCCUGAUCAAUGCACAAAAUAUACGUACAAUGACCAAGGAGCUGCUGCUGUUCUUGGAGAAGGCCGAUGCCGAAUUUAAGGCGCAAUGCAGCUCGGGCAUGAUACUGGCCGCUGAACGAUAUUCACCCAAUUCACGUUGGCAUCUGGACACACAAUUGAGUGUACUAAUAGCGGCUGGCAAUUAUGUGCGUGACGACGUCGUCUCAUCCACCAUACAACUGGUGUCCAGCAGUCCCGUGCCGGAGCAAACAUAUAUCACAAAUCGGUUCUGGGAAUCGCUGCAGGUGGCCAAUCAUUGUGAGGAUAAGCAGCCGCUGCUGCAGGUCGCUGUCUGGGCCAUAGGCGAAUACGGUGAUCUGUUCAUGUACGGCGCCAACGAGGAUGAGUUUGAACGUCCCACGGAGAGCGAUCUGAUCGCUGUGUAUCAUAAGUUUUUAACCUCUGCUCAAGUGUCGACCACAAGCAAGCAAUAUGCGCUCGUCUCCUUGGCCAAGCUGAGCACGCGCCUCCAGCAAUGCGUGGAAGAAAUCCAGGCGCUGAUUACCUCGUUUGGCAGCCAUCUGAAUGUGGAUCUGCAGCAGCGUGGUGUUGAGUUUACACAACUCUUUGGCAGCUAUAAGCAUCUGCGUCCCCCGCUGCUGGAGAAGAUGCCCGCCAUGCAAAUAAGCCGCAUCAGUUCGCAGAAUGGCGAAAGCGGCGGAUCAUUCGAUGACAACAGUCCGGAUGUUAUUGAGAAUGGCAUCGAGAUUGGCGGCAGUGGCGCACAUCCGUUAAUCGAAAGCAAUAUGAAUACAAUGGGUGACAAUACGAAUAUUCUGUUGGACUUAUUGGGCAGCACGGAUCUGUCAGCGGGUGUCAGCGAUUUGGCCAUGGCAACAGAUCUGUCCAAUGCCGUGCAUAAAAAGAACACACGCAAUGCCAAUAACGAUGCGACGUCCAAUGUGACAGUGUCCAACAAUCAGGAUCUACUUGAUUUGCUCGAUCUGGAUAUAACGGCUCCAUCCACAACGUCCGUCAUGGGUGUCAAUAUGGCAACUGAUCACGGCAACGUUAACAACAUGAUGAACCUGCGUGGCAUCGAUCUGAACCUAGGCUUUGGUGGCAUCGACACCAUGCCCAGCAGCAUACCCACAAAUGGCAACGAUUUGGCAAGCAUGUUGGGUGGCCUCAAUGUCGGCGUCGGUGCACCAUCGAACCCAGUACUCCCUAUGGGUGGCGACAUUAACAGCAGCAGUCUACUGGGUGAACUGAAUCCAACGACGACAACUAACAAUGUGACAGUGCCUCCGCAGGGUCCCAAACUGACGGCCCUGGACAAAAACGGACUGCUGGUGCAGCUGGUGCCGGUGAAGGGCAGCGACUGCAUGAAGAUCUUUAUGACAACCACAAAUAGCUCAGACAAUACAUUGGAACAGUAUUUGCUAAAGGCGGCGGUACAAAAGAGUUUUGAACUGCAAAUGUUACCGCCAUCGGGCUCGAUGCUGCCGCCUGGUGGCGUUAUCACGCAGGAAAUGCGAGUAGUGGCCACGUCCAAUGCGGUACUGCGCAUGCGUCUGCGUAUUCAAUACACGCUCGACGGCCAACAGCUGGUGGAACAGACAGAAGUUAGCGGUUUUCCGGAACAACAGCCGUCUAAUGAGUAAACGUGUAUUAAUUGCAAGUGAAGCGAGUGUGUUAGCUUAAAGUUUAAAGACGCCACACACACACACACACACACACAUACACACACAUCCAAACAAACUAACACACAAACAGCACAGCUAAACACAGAGGUUGCCACACGCAUAUAUUGUAAAAUAAGUUAACAAAAAAGAAAACCACAUUCGCGCCCAUACAUUCACUCAUAGAAAGAGACACACCAAGCAGGAUGAGAGGAGGAGCAGCAGCAUCAGUCGUUUAAGCGUAUUCAGUUUCUAUAAAACAGAAAGUAAAAAAAAAACCAUUCAUAAUUUAUAAUUUAUAUUUAUAUAUAUACACAUAUAUGUAAAAGCUAUACCUAUUAUAUCUGUUUUGAUUUCUUGUCAACAUUUCCUUGAUUAACUCUGAGUCCGCGUCGCGUGUAUGCAAUUCUUAAUUAUUAUUCUACUGUUACUAUUACUACUAUUAUUAUACUAUAUUAUAUUAUAUUAUUAUGGUUAUUAUGAUUUGCUUUUUUGUGUGUGAGCAAGUUUCGUGUAAAAGACAACAAUUCAGUUUUAAUGUAAGACAAUAAAGUCAUUUGAAAGCGUCAAGCCACAUUAUAUAGCCACUAAACUAAAUUGUAAAUUGCAACAAUUAACAAUAACAAAAAAACACAAAACAAACAACUGAAAUGUGUAUACUUAGCAAAAACAAAACAAACAAAUUAACCACAAAACAAAAACCAUAAACGCAGCGCAUUUAUUUCAAGCUUAGCAUUUUUAGAUUGAAAACAGUUGAGAGCAGUUUAUCUAUAAAGCCAAUCGAACGUUACAUGCGGUGUGCAUGGUAAAUCGAUUGAGUUAUUAUUAUAACAAUUAUUAUCUAUAAAUGGAACUUAAUUUGUUAUAUGUAUGAUGUAUGUAUGUAAUUUGUAUUAGGUUAUAUCUAUUUUUUUUUUCAUAACCAACUACAAACACACACACACACAUGCAGACACACACAUAUACAUGCAUAUUCAAAUGCAAUUUUAAAAGCUCAGCACACCGUGUGGCCUACAAUUCCACAAUCUAAUAAUAACCGAUAAAUUGUUAUUUCCUGUGCGCACGUACUUAAAAGAAUAUAAUAAAAUAAUUCAACAGAGAACUGCAACAGCAGACGGCACUGUGGAAAACUAGAUAAUUAUAAAAUAUAUAUAACAAAUAUACAAAUAUGACAAAAAAAAAAAGAAACAAAAACAAACAAUUAUUAUAUACAUAAAUGAUAACUGGUAACACUUAGUUGCGGGCCAAUGCGCAUUAUGUUUAAUAAUUAGGGCGGGGAGGGGAGGUAAUUAACAACAUAUAAUGUGAAACAAAUCAACAUUUAUGUACUAUUAUUAUGUCUGUACGAAUAUACAA